AUGACUCGACACGUCUUUACCGAACAAGAACUAAAGUCAGCAUCUGCCAGAUUCAAUUCGAACCUCCCUUUACCACGGGACCUGGACCCUAAGAAUUUGGACCGGCUACGAAACAUCUUCCGGAAGAAUCGUUGUCGCCGCCUAGAUGUCCAAAACCAUGUUCCCGCGACCGUGUCGCGACAUAAUCUCGCAGACGCAUUGCAGAAGGCGAAUGUUCCACAGGAAGCCUUGCUGACAACCGAAGGCCGGCAAAUUCCUCGACUGGAAUUUAUGGCGGGGCAACUUCGGGGUCUCCAUGGCCGCCAUCGUGUACAAGCGGGUGUUGAGGUACUUCCUCCGGCGGAUCGCUGGUGGACGGUUGAUCUCUACACAGACGACAUUGGUGAAGAACUGAGAGCCGCGUUGGUGGAAGAAUAUUCCAAUCAGAAGAAGCCGACCGACGGGGAGGUCUAUCGCAAGAUCAGACAGUAUGAAGGCGAGGGUAACGAAGCUUUCCGAGAGCGAUGGUUCGUGAGACUAUCGCCCAGCAACCAAGAGCGUUUGGAUCAACUCGACAACAAGAAGAAUCGUCGCCUCCGACAUGCAUUUGACCGAUUGUUGACGAUUCCUGGACUUUGGCCGGGCGGAAUGAGAAUCAGCCUGCUUCAUCGAUUAAUCGCCUCUGGCUGCGUUGAGGAGAUAGCAACCUAUUUUGACCACAUCUUGGACUUCUGGUCUUCUCUGGUCGGAUCGGAUCAGCGUCUGAUGAAGAAAAUCGAUCAGGAUACAGUUCACACCCUGCAGUUACUGGCACCAGGUAAAUCACGCACUGAUGAAAGGACGGCGUGCGGGCUGGUUCUCAGUGGCCAUUUGUUUGCCGAAUUCAGUGCAGACGAGCGAAGCGCGAUAUGGGCCAGAAUGAAAGGUUAUGAUGGCCUCAUUCCGUCCUUGUACACUUUCUUUGAGGAUUUCAAGUACCUGGAGAGGUGCGCUCACUGUCUGAAGCGGCUCUUGGGCCCAUCACCCCGAUCUGUGAGGGAAGCCAUGAGCUCGAUGUUUGACCCAGACUCGGAGUCUGAGGAAGAUCACCGAGAGAAAGGGAAGUGUAUCAUUCAGACCUCAGAGUCUACUUUCCGACGCCUGCGUGCGACUGAGGCGGAAUGCCUCGAGACCGGAUACCAACAGAUAUGGCUGUAUGCUAUGCGACAUUAUCCUCUGAUGCCCCCGUACCCCAAGAACAUUGACGUUAAGUUGUCUUAUGAACGGAAUUUACUUGGUUGCACCUGCUUCAAAAGUAAUGAAGGCCGACGUGUAGGGGCCAUCCAUGGAAAAGGCCGGAUUACCCAUUAG